AUGAGAAAUAUUCUUAUUCUGUUGUGCCUGGCAGGAUUUGCUGCCUGUGGUGUUGUAACAGAUCAACGGCAACAACAACAACAACGUUUGAAUGUAAACGGUGUGCGGAAUAAUCAAAAUGGUGUUGGCCGUCUAUAUGCCAUGACCAGAGAGGAAUUGCUGUUGCAAAAAUUCCUUUUAGAUGUUCUCAAGGAUGUUGAGCUGCCUUUGCGUCAUGAAAAUCUAUUGGCAAUUGAUAUUCAAGGAAUUACGAACCGAAAUAAUUACAAGGGGCCCUUGGAUGCUGACACACAGCUUGUGCUCGAUUUAAUUCAAUCGAAUCGCGUAUUGGGUCGCAAUGACAUCUACACCCUGACCCAAGAGACUGUCGUACGUCAACAAUAUGGUCUCUCACGUUUAUUUGCAAAAUCCAGUGACAUUCAAACUUUACAACGUCUGGUGGUGUAUGCCCGUCAAAAUAUAAAUCCGAUAUUGUUUGUAAAUUCUCUAAUUGUGGCUCUGCAGGAGCGUAGCGACACUCAACAAUUAAUCAUUCCCGCCCUCUAUGAAAUUUUACCACAAGCCUAUAAUUAUGCAACGUUUAUACGAAUUGUUGGAAAUAAGGAUAUUACGUUCGGAAUUAGCAAUCAAAAUUUCCAGUCCUCACGAUUGGGUCAAAAUGUAAAUAAUCAGGAUGGUGAUGAUGAUGUUUUGUUGUCGGAUGAUCUUGAUGUCAGAUCGCUGCUUGAUGUUUUAGUUAGCCAACUGGUGGUGGAACAGGGUAGCAUACAAAAUUCCAUUGGAAAUGGAAAUCAAAAUGUCAUGGUCACUGGUAGUAGUAAUAUUGUUGGUAAUAUUCGGAAUAUACUCGUUAACAAGGAUAAUUUGUUGGGCAGACAAUCUCAAUUGAUCGAUUUGAAUGUGGGCAACCUAAGGGAUCAGAACACGGGAAAUAUUUUGAAUCGUGCUUAUACCACUGUUGGCGGGCUGUUGGGCGAUCGUUACACCCAGCAAGGCCUGAGGGAUAAGAACUCUGGCAAUAAUUUGAAUCGUGGCUCUUCGGGAAAUAUUUUCAAACGUGGUUAUUCUGCUGUGGAUGAAUUUUUGAUUGGUCAUUCUUUGCAACAAAAUUCAAGGGAUAAAAAUUCGGAAAGUACUUUGAAUCGUGGCUAUUCGGGAAAUACUCGUAAUGUUGUUGAUGUCUUAGAUGGUCGCUCCAGCCAACUGCAAAACGAAAGGGAUAAAAACUCGGGAAGUAAUUUAAUUCGUGGUUAUUCUACAAUUGUUGAUUUAUUAGGUGGUCGCACCAAUCAGGGCAGCUCAAGGAAUCAAAUGUCAGGAGAUACUGUCAAUGGUGGUGAGGUUUUGGUGGGUGGUCGUUAUGGCCAACAAACCCAAAGGAGUACAAAUUCUGCAAGUAAUUUCAAUCGUGAUACUUCUAAUAUUGGUGAUACAUUAAGAGAUCGUUCCACACAAAAUUUGGGCUAUGGCCAGCAAAGCCAAAGCAAUACAAAUACUGGAGGUAAUAAUAUUGGCGACACAUUGAGAGUUGGUUCCACACAAAAUCUGAGACAAGGUACCACCUUAAAAGAUGAUCCCCUUUCGGAAGAUAUUAUUGGUGGUACUAUAGCUCAAUUUAAAAGACAACUCAUUGAAAACGUUGAAAAUUCCAAUAUCCGUGGAAAUCGUCUACCACGUAGCCUAACAAAUUCUCCCCUCAACAAUGGACGACGACAACAACAAAUUGUUGGUCGAUUAAUUUUCUAUCAAUUACAACAAUUGGUGGCACGUUUAAAUUUGGAACAAAUUAAUCUCAAUACGAUACUUCUUCAAGACAGACGUUUAGAUGCCAAUUCCAAGACCAUUUUAAUCGAACAGCUACAAAAUAUAAAUCAACGUCUUGAAGCCACCCUGCAACAAGUUGUACAACAUUUGAAACAAAAACAACAACAACGUGGAGUAGGAGGAGACCAAACUGGAGAACAAAUAAUCCUACAAGAGAUAAAUCAAAUCGUACUCAAUGAAAUUCUACAAGAAAUUAUAAAUUUAGCACAAUACCAGCAGCAGGUGGGUGGUCCAAUUUCGAACAUCCUUGAAGAUCCCAUAACACAAAUUUUAUUACGACAAAUUGUCAUAACCCUGGAUAAGCAGAUACAACAGCUAUUGGCAACACGUAGUGUAGAAAAUGUUGCCUACAACGAUGUCACCAUUAAUCGCCUACAAAUUGAUCAGCUACGCACCUUUGUGGAUGAGGUGAAGGUCCGGUUUAACAAUAACAACCAAAAUAUUAUCCAAGGCCUCCAAAAACGUCUUAAUCACAAAUCGUUUACCAUAAAUUUGGAGGUCAACUCCCAGCGUACACAGAAUGUUGUCAUACGCUCGCUGCUCAUACCCAAAGUGGAUGCCCUGGGCAAGGAACUAUCCUUGGAACAACAACGUUUAAACACCAUACUCUUGGACAUUGGCCAGCUGCAAUUAACUGCAGGACGCAAUACCUUAAAACUUAAAUCUCGUGACAUCGUUUCGACCGAUAAUGGCAAUGUUACACCCUAUUUGGAAAUAUAUCAACAGGUUAUGGGUGCAUUGCAAGGGCAGAUUAACAGGGAUACGAUUGAUACGAUUAUAGGACAAACAAGUUUGCUGCCACAACGUUUACUUUUGCCACGUGGCCGUGUAAAUGGUUUACCCAUGCAGCUAUUGGUUGUCAUCACCCCCCUCGUUGGCAAUAAAAUAAAUGUAAAUCAGUCUGAAAUUCCUCUAUUAGGUUUGCAGAAUAUAUUGCUGGAUAAUUUACCCAUUGUAUAUCCUUUGGAUCGUCAAAUUUCCGAUAUCCGCCAGUUAGCAAAUCUCUCAAAUGUUGUGCUAAAGGAUAUUACCAUUUAUCAUGAUGACUGA